UAGGAUUCACUACAACGUUUUCUACUGCCUCAAUCAAAUGGAGAACCCUGCAGUCAUAAAACCAGAGAUAUGCCACUCUGAGAGUGGCUCCAGAUGCAGCGCUAACUCGAACAUCCAGCCAACCUACGAACAACAGCAGAUCUUAAAACACGCGAUCCGGCCUGGGCAGGUUGUCAAGAUCAUGGCGUUUGCAGGCACGGGGAAGACCUCCACCCUGAUCAAGUACGCCCAGAAGUGGUCCGACCUCCGGUUCCUAUACGUGGCGUUCAACAAGACGGUCGCAGAACAGGGCAGGCGGGUGUUCCCCCGGAACGUGACGUGCAAAACGAUCCACUCGUUGGCUUAUUCGGAAGUCGGCAAGCUCUACAACAAGAAAGGCAAGCUGAAUUUCGGCUCCCUGAGCUCCUACUGGGUCAGUUUCGCUCUUGAGAACCGUCCAGGGCAGGCUCUGUUCAUCAGGGCCAAGACGGUUGUCCAGACCCUGGAAUCGUUCCUGGCCUCCCGGGACCCGGCUAUCACUUCUGAGCACACGCCCGUCUGGUGUAAGAACACCCACGGAAACCGGGUUCUUGUCGAGGCGGCGGAGAAGAAAGUGA